UUAGUUUAGGUGGUAAAGUAAGUUAUGAUGCAUAUAAUUUCCCUUUCUAAAUCAUAAAGAAACCGCAGACCAACAACCCCAUGUGGAAGAUGAUGAUGAAGAUGACGAUUGCGAUUAUACUCUCAGUCCCGAGAUCUGAAUUCUGACACUUCCUCAUUCUCCUUCUUACUCUUCCUCUUCUUCUCUAAGCAACACAAACUUCAAUGGCGUUUCAUAGAGCUCCAAAGGCCAAACAAAAGCCCAGAUCCUCAAUUAUCUUCUUAGUAAUCGCCAUAGCUUCCAUUGGGCUCUUCUUCCUCGUUUCCUCUCUACUUUCGACAAAUGGGCCCUCUUUAUUUUCGUAUAAUGGCUCAGAAUACAUUGCCAGAUUGAAGAAACCCAAGUACCGCCAUACCGGGAACGAGAAAUACUUGUAUUGGGGUAGCAAAAUUGACUGUCCUGGAAAGCACUGUGAUUCCUGUGAGGGUUUGGGUCACCAGGAGUCUAGCCUCAGGUGUGCUCUUGAGGAAGCCAUGUUUCUUCGGAGAACUUUUGUAAUGCCUUCUCGAAUGUGUAUCAAUCCAAUACACAAUAAGAAGGGAAUACUUCAUCAACAUACCAGUGAUGAAAGUUCAGACGAAAGGUGGGCAGCAAACUCAUGUUCCAUGGACUCUUUGUAUGAUAUGGAUUUUUUAGGUGAAACUGUACCAGUAAUUUUAGACAAUUCAAAGUUGUGGCAUCAGGUGCUAUCAACAAGUAUGAAGUUGGGAUCUAGAGGGAUUGCCCAUGUAGAGGGUGUUAAUCGAGUUGAACUCAAAGAGAAUGAUCUUUACUCAAAUCUUUUACUAAUAAACAGAACUGCUAGCCGUCUUUCAUGGUUUAUGGAGUGCAAGAAUCGAAACAACCGCAGUGCCAUAAUGUUGCCGUACUCAUUUCUUCCUUCAAUGGCAGCAACGAACUUAAGGAUUGCAGCAGAAAAGAUUAAAGCCCACCUUGGUGAUUAUGCUGCCAUCCAUGUUCGCCGAGGGGAUAAAAUAAAGACCAGGAAAGAUAGGUUUGGAGUUGAAAGAAGCUUGCAUCCUCAUCUAGACAGGGAUACAAGAGCAGAGUUUAUUCUCCUUAGAAUUGCAAAAUGGGUUCCACCAGGGAAAACUCUCUUUAUUGCUUCAAAUGAGAGGAUACCAGGAUUCUUUUCACCUCUUGCCGUGAGGUACAGGUUGGCAUAUUCAUCAAACUAUAGCAAUAUUAUUGAUCCCGUGAUUGAGAACAAUUACCAGUUAUUCAUGAUAGAGAGGCUGAUCUUGUAUGGAGCCAAAACAAUAAUUAGAACAUUCAAAGAAGACGACACAGACCUCAGCCUCACCGAUGAUCCAAAGAAGAACACCAAAUUAUGGCAAAUACCAGUCCAUACCAUGGAUGAAGAGUGAAGGCAACAUUCCUUUUAGAAAAGGGUUCCCGAAAUUACUAUAAAUUUCAGUAUACAGUUAAAACUCCGAAUCAAGAAAUGCAUAAACUGCAAAUUAGAAAACAUUGCGCUGAAAGAGAAUGAAUUUGGGAAAUGAGGCGGAAUACUGCUGUGAAUUUUGUAAAUUAUGGUAUGAAAUUACAAUAUGGAGUUUUACUUAUAUACGAAUUGACCAAUGAAAAAAUCAGUCAUUCUUACUUUCUUUUUUUUUUUCCUUUUUUUCUUUUUCCCAAUAGCCAGGAUAGUUUGUUUGGCAAAUUGCUGAUGUGAUAAGUAGUUUUUUUUUUCAUCACUGAGUUUUGUAGUGUUAAGAUGUCUUAUUUGUAUUAAUUUGUUCAUUAAUAUGUUCCUUUUCAAUACAUAUCACAUUAUAUGUUUA